UGGCUCAAGGUGACGUGGCUUGACAUCCUGACCAUCAUCAUCCUCCUCGUCAUCAGCUUUGUGGUCUACCGAGCACCAUCGCCAGGAACACGCACCUUCCCUCUCGCCAUCAACAGCAAUGGCGAGCCGUCCAAUCGUGGAGAGGUCGUCUACCCGCAAUUCGCCUACCCCGACCGGGGCCAGAUCAUCGCCUCGUGGCUCGACGCCCUUCUCGCUGUUGCCAUCCCCAUCGUGUCGAUCCUGUUGAUGAACCUGAUCCGCAUCCGCAGCUUCUGGGACAUCAACAACGGCAUUUUUGGUGUGCUGUACGCCAUCGUUCCGUCCUCGGCCUUCCAGGUCAUGAUCAAGUGGUUGAUCGGCGGGCUGCGACCCAACUUCUACGACGUGUGCAAGCCGGACCUGGAGCUUGCAGCUCAGCAGGUUCACAACAGCACGGGACUCAACGGCGUCGGCUACCAGCAGUACAUGUUCACCGACGAGAUCUGCACGGCCGGCAACAAGGACGCAAUCAAGAACGCCCUGCAGAGCUUCCCGAGUGGUCACUCGACCACCAUCUUUGCGGGCAUGGUCUUCCUCUACCUCUACCUCAACGCCAAGUUCAAGGUCUAUGCCAACUACCACCCUUCUCUGUGGAAGCUAGUACUCGUGUACCUGCCGAUUCUCGGAGCCUGCCUGGUUGCUGGCUCGCUCACAGUCGACCAAACACACAACUGGUACGACAUCCUGGCCGGCGGCAUCAUCGGCACCGUAUUCGCGUUCUCUGCGUACCGUAUGGUUUACGCAUCGAUUUGGGACUGCCGAACAAAUCACAUCCCCCUCAACAGGCACUCGCCCUUCAUCUACAGUGUCGGCUGUGAAGGCUCAGACCUGACGUUCACUAAGAAGGUCGGCUGGAGAGCCGGCAGCUUGCGCGGCGGCGAUAAGACACACCCCAGCAGUGGUAGGACGCCGUAUGUCGAUGGGCCUGCCGACGUGAACCGGCACGGUGGCACUCGAGGACACAGCAUCAGGCAUCCCCGUCGCAGCCGCAGCCCACGCUACCGCGGUGAUGAUAUGGUGUAA